UUUCUCCAUCCUGAGUUUUUUUCUUCUGAAACAUGUAAACUUCUUUAAAAAAGUGUGACUUUUUACAACAAUACUAUUAUAUUAUUAAAAUGAAUUGUUAAGUGAGAGCAAUUCUUAGAAGAUGUCAAACAAUCAUUUACAUUACAAAACACUUAUAUGAAUAGAAAAUUUUAACGUUGUCGGUCUAGGUUGGUGAAGUUGAAUUGUACAUAUUUGACCAACACAAACAAAAAGCUGGCAGAAGUGGUAGAGGAAGAUGUGAAGAAAAAGAGAUUCCACCAACUCCAUCUUCACAUAUUCCUCUACCCCCUUCUACUUGUAUAUAAUGCACUUCCCUUCUUGUCUUGGCGUUUCAACGUUGCAUUUGCGUAGAGAGCUUCUUAUCAUUUCCCAUGGCCAAUGCACUACAUAACGCUGCCAUCUCCACAAUCACGUUUGGAGAUGACUAUUCCGUUUCUCGUUGCUUUUUUCCAUCUCCAUCCACACUUCCUUUCAGAACCAUGCAGAAAGGAAAUCACGUGGAGCUGAAGAAAAGGGUGGUAGUGGUAAAGGCAAAAAAUAAGAGUGAUUUUGAUGACGUAGAAGUUGAUGUCUCUUUGAGCCACAGAGUUAAUGCUGUGAAGCCUUCCAAAACUGUGGCCAUAAGUGAUCAUGCCACUGCUCUUUUACAAGCCGGAGUUCCCGUUAUUCGCUUAGCGGCUGGAGAACCUGACUUUGACACACCCACUGUUAUAGCUGAGGCUGGGAUGAAUGCAAUUCGUGACGGUCACACUAGAUAUACUCCUAAUGCCGGAACCUUAGAAUUACGCCAAGCAAUAUGUCACAAGCUAAAAGAGGAGAAUGGUAUUACAUAUACCCCAGAUGAGAUUUUGGUCAGCAAUGGAGCGAAACAGAGUGUUGUUCAAGCGGUGCUUGCACUUUGUUCCCCAGGAGAUGAGGUUAUCAUUCCAGGUCCAUUCUAUGUGAGUUAUCCAGAAAUGGCAAGACUAGCAGAUGCAAAUCCUGUGAUUAUUCCAACCCAAAUAUCUAAUAACUUUCUUUUGGAUCCGAAACUGCUUGAAGCCAAUCUUACAGAAAGAUCAAGGCUACUUAUUCUUUGUUCACCGUGUAAUCCAACAGGAUCUGUCUACUCUAAGAAACUACUUGAAGAGAUAGCCCAAAUUGUAGCAAAGCACCCCAGGCUUCUGGUUCUCUCUGAUGAAGUUUAUGAACACAUAAUUUAUGCACCUGCAACUCACACAAGCUUUGCAUCUUUAACUGGAAUGUGGGACAGAACACUAACCGUGAAUGGGUUUUCCAAGACAUUUGCCAUGACUGGGUGGCGUCUUGGGUAUAUUGCUGGUCCAAAACACUUUGUUGCAGCCUGUGGAAAGAUUCAAAGUCAGUUCACAUCAGGGGCAAGCAGUGUAUCUCAGAAAGCUGGUGUUGCUGCAUUAGGACUAGGCUAUGCAGGUGGAGAGGCUGUUUCUACCAUGGUGAAAGCCUUCAGGGAAAGAAGGGAUUUCUUGGUUGAAAGCUUUUCAAAAAUGGAUGGUGUGAAAAUAUCUGAACCACAGGGAGCAUUUUAUCUGUUCAUUGAAUUCAGCUCUUAUUAUGGAAGAGAAGCUGAAGGGUUUGGCUUAAUCGAGAAUUCUGACUCCUUCUGUCGAUACCUGUUGGACAAGGGCCUGGUGGCACUGGUUCCGGGAAGUGCAUUUGGAGAUGAUAGUUGCAUCCGCAUUUCUUAUGCCCAAUCCCUUACUGUUUUAAAGACAGCAGUAGAGAGAAUUGAGAAAGCGCUUAUCCUUCUACGCUCUGCUGCGCUUCUUUAAUCACACUACUUUUCUUCUGUCUUCUAUUUUUUAUUUGCAAUGGGUAAUGUGUUUAUUCAGAAGAUGAGUAAUGUUACAUUCUCUUACCAUAUUCUCAUAAUACUUUGUAAGUUACUGUUAUGAAAGACUGAUUGUAUAUAAUAGAUAUCUUGGAAAAUAUAAGGCAUGUUCAGUUGUUUUAUGAAAA